AUGACCAGCUACUUCCCGGUUGGAGCCAGUAAUGGGAAUGGCUCGUCCCCAGCCUCGUCGCCGUUGUCUCCUCCGACCUCUCAGCGGUCAACUGCGCUGUCCAACCGCCUGACCUCCGUCCUGUCAGCAUCCUACGCCGAUUCCGAUAUUCGCGACUCUCUCGAAACCUUGAGCAUACGGGGAAUCCACAAUACGGCCGAGACUAGGCGGCAAUUGCGACUUGAUGUACAGAAGGAGGUUGUCGACUGCAAUGCCGAGAUUGUGCGAGACUUUGGAAAAGUGGCGGAGGUGAAAAAGCCCGAACAAGCAAAUGAUGAACGCAUUGGUUCCGUCAUUUCGACCCUCAAUCGAACCUGCGACGAAAUGCGCAGGCAUAUUGGCCAGGCGAAGCAGGACACCACACCCAUGCUGGAGGAGGCCGGAGCGCUGAUGACCCAAAAGAAGGAUACCGAGACGAAGCAACGUCUCCUAGACGCCUUUUCGAAACAUUUUUUGGUCCCAGAGGAAGAUUUGCGGGUCUUGACAUCGGCGGAGGGGCCCGUUGACGAGCAGUUUUUCGAGGUUCUCGCCCGCGUGAAGCAAGUACACCACGAUUGCGAGGUCCUCCUUGGCGGCGAAAACCAACGGUUGGGCCUAGAGAUCAUGGAUUUGAGCAGUCGAAACCUCAAUUCUGCCUAUCAAAAACUGUACCGGUGGAUUCAGAAGGAGUUCCAGUCUCUCAACCUCGAAGAUCCUCGCAUCAGCAGCUCGAUUCGCCGCGCUUUGCGGGUAUUGGCUGAACGGCCAACCCUCUUCCAUAGCUGCUUGGACUUUUUCGCAGAAGCUCGAGACUACGUUCUAUCGGAUGCUUUCCACUAUGCAUUGACGGAUGCCAUCUCUGGAGGAGCUGGUGCCAAUGCGGGAGACCGCAGUGUAAAGCCAAUCGAGUUUUCGGCACAUGAUCCUCUUCGGUAUAUUGGUGAUAUGCUUGCAUGGGUACACUCCACAACCGUUUCUGAGCGUGAAGCUCUGGAGGCAUUGUUUGUCGCCGAUGGAGAGGAACUUGCAAGGGGCAUCCAGGCUGGGCUAAGCAGCGAGCCUUGGUCACGGAUUGAUGAAGACCAAGAAGCUGCCUUCGACGGUCACAAAGCUCUCAGUGAUCUCGUCAACCGAGAUCUCACCGGCGUUUCCCGGUCGCUCCGACAGAGAGUUGAGCUUGUCAUUCAGGGUCAUGAUGAUCCAGUCACCUGCUAUAAAGUGGUGAACUUAUUGUCAUUCUACCGCACGACGUUCUCGAAAUUAGUGGGAGCUCAAUCUAACCUCGUGGAUUUGAUGCAGGCGCUCGAGAAGUUUACACUUGGUCAUUUUGAAACUUUGAUGCGUGAACAAGCGAGCGCCCUUUCAAGUGACCAGGCUGCUUUGAGUCCACCUGAUGAUCUGUCACCUCCAGAAUUCCUUUUGGAUGCACUGGAAGGUUUGAUCUUACUCAUGAAAACGCAUGAAGGCUCAGUUGGUCCGGACGAGCCGUCUUCCGAAUCUAGCGAAAAUCGAUUUACCCCCGUGCUUCGUGCUGCUUUUGACCCAUUCUUGAGUCUAGCUCGGUCAUCCUCCAACGAGCUGAAGGACACCACUGCGCAAACCAUCUACCGCACCAACAUUCUUCUCGCAGCACGUGCGACGGUGUCGCCAUUUGAAUUUGCCAGCGUCACUCAUAUGGCCCCUCUGUCCACUGCGCUUUCAACGCUCCGUGUCAAUCUUCUUGAUGUCCAGCAUCAAUUUCUUCUCGAGUCAUCCGGUCUACAGGUUCUAUUGGAUGCCCUAGAGCCAUUUUCCAAGUCAGCUAAAGGGACCGAAAACGAUAGCGACUCGGACGAUGAACAAUCUGGGAAGCCCGAUGUGCAGAAACUUCAUCUUAAAGACCUUGCUAGUCUUUCUGCGUUCCAGCCAACCUCAUUGGUUACAUCUAGUCAGCGGCUGGACGACUUCCUUCCAUCUGCUUUGAUGGAUGCCACUGACAACCUCAAGCGAGUGCAGAGCGCAUCUCUUGUCCAGAGCGUCACCGAGGAUGCUGUUGAGGCAUUCUGUCGUGAUUUUGAGUUUGUCGAGGGCAUGAUCAUCGCUGCGGAUGAGGCCCGGGGGAUGACACACGUGAACCUGGGAACCGGAGGCAGUGUACUUAGUGGCAAGAGUGGUCGAUCAAGCCGCAAGCCGGAGACCGAAGAGGACGACAAGAAUGCUAAUGAGGAGCAAUGGAGCCUGCGAUCACUGUUCCCUCGAACUACGGGGGAGAUCAGAGUGCUACUGAGCUAA